AUGUCUGGUGUUGGUGUUGCUAAGUUGUACAAGGCAGAAAAGGCUACUCGCACUCGUCAUGGUUGCCGUUCGCCUCCAACGCUGCACGUCCAUUGGCCUUUCGGUCUCGACCGCCUUAAGCAGAUGGUUCAGGCAGAUGCAGAGUUGCGGUUGAUGGAGUUGUUCUUGUUUCACUUCCAGCAAACAGGAAGUACGCUGGAACAAAAGUUCCUUGGAACCAAGGUGUUUGGCACGAUGGAGCCGGCCAACCUAGAAGCCGUGCUCUCCACUCAGGCCAAAGGUAGAUGUUCCUGUCUGCGCCUUAUCGUGCUUACCCCAGCUUUUCAGUAUCAAAAACAAGAUGUUCCCACUUUCCAGCAUGCGAUGCACCAAUGA